GGCUUGACGCCGGGAAAAGCAGCGGGUGGUACACGUCACUAGGGAACGUACUGCGGGCCGGCUGAGGCUGGCGGGCUCGGGCUUUCUUGGGAAACAGCCUCCUUCACACCUCUUGCCGGCCUCCUGAGUAGGGCGAGGCUUGCGUGUUUUACUUCCGGGUACCACAGCAACGACACCGGAAGCCGGAAGUGGGGAUUUCAGCGGCCGGAGAGGGGAAGAGCUACCGCGGAAUCGGGACUUGCUUGGAGUGACGGGCUCGAGGGGCGCUCGCGACCCGCUGCUCCCGCCCUUCUCACGUCGGAUCGAUUCUGCUGACAGGUGUGGCCCUCUUCCCCGAAGACAGGAAGACAGGGUACCAUCGGUGGGCGUUCCGCCGCCUCCUAGAUUCCCCCGGACGUCCAGGCUUCCUACUCCUGUUGGGCCCAGGUCCGUUUCUGCCGCCCGCUGCUAGGGCACUGGCCCAGGCGGGGCCGAUGCUGGACCCAGAUUACUUUGGCGGCGAGCUUGACUGUACCGCUUGGCCCUCCUCCGCGGCCGCGGAGUUUGACCACGCCCCUAGUUCGUGGAUGACUCUUCUAGUUCGGAGACAUUUUCUGUUCAUCAAACUUGACUGCAUUUGAGGGGAAUCUGCACAGGUCCCGUGUGACGCUCCUGCUGCCUUUCUCUUCCAAACCUUGACUUGUUGAAUGAGCAGGCCCCCCUGGAAGAGUCCACUGUGUGAGAUGGUGCAGCCCAGCGGUGGCCCGGCUGGGGACCAGGACAUGAUGGGUGAAGAGUCUUCUCUGGGGAAGCCGGCCAUGCUCCACCUGCCUUCGGAGCAGGGUGCUCCUGAGACCUUCCAGCGCUGCCUGGAGGAGAAUCAAGAGCUCCGAGAUGCCAUCCGGCAGAGCAACCAGAUGCUGCGGGAGUGCUGCGAGGAGCUGCAGCGUUUCCAGGGCAGCCAGAGGGAGGAGAAGGAGUUCCUCAUGCAGAAGUUCCAGGAGGCCAGGAAACUGGUGGAGAGACUGAACCUGGAGAAGCUGGACCUGAAGAGGCAGAGGGAGCAGGCCCUGCAGGAGGUGGAGCACCUGAAGAGAUGCCAGCAGCAGAUGGCUGAGGACAAGGCCUCGGUGAAAGCCCAGGUGACGUCCUUGCUGGGGGAGCUCCAGGAGAGCCAGAGUCGCUUGGAGGCUGCCACCAAGGAUCGGCAGGCUUUGGAAGCCAGGGCCCGGGCAGCCAGUGAGCAGGCCCGGCAGCUGGAGAGCGAGCGGGAGGCGCUGCAGCAGCAGCACAGCGUGCAGGUGGACCAGCUGCGCAUGCAGAACCAGAGCAUGGAGGCUGCUCUGCGCAAGGAGCGCCAGGUUGCCUCGGAGGAGAAGCGGAAGCUGGCGCAACUCCAGGCAGCCUAUCACCAGCUCUUCCAAGAUUAUGACAACCGCAUGAAGAGCAGCCUGAUGAGCAAUGAGCGAAACCGAGGAAUGCAGCUGGAAGAUCUCAAGCAGCAGCUCCAGCAGGCCGAGGAGGCCCUGGUGGCUAAGCAGGAAUUGAUCGAUAAGCUGAAGGAAGAGGCUGAGCAGCACAAGAUUGUGAUGGAGACCGUUCCGGUGCUCAAGGCCCAGGCGGAUAUCUACGAGGCUGAUUUCCAGGCUGAGCGGCAGGCCCGGGAGAAGCUGGCCGAGAAGAAGGAGCUGCUGCAGGAGCAGCUGGAGCAGCUGCAGCGGGAGUACAGCAGGUUGAAGGUCAGCUGUCAGGAGUCGGCCAGGAUUGAAGAUAUGAGGAAGCGGCAUGUAGAGGUUGCCCAGCCCCCUGCCCAAGCUCACCAGUCCUUUCACCCCGCGUUCAUCCAGAGAACGCCCCCCGAGGAGCCACCUGACUUCUGUUGCCCCAAGUGCCAGUAUCAGGCUCCUGACAUGGACACCCUGCAGAUCCACGUCAUGGAGUGCAUUCAGUAGAGCAGCCUGCCGGCGACCAGCCCAGGACAGUGCAAUCUCCGCUUCCCUCUCCCGCCUGCCUCGUUCCAGGCGAGGUGACGAAGAGCAGGCUGCUUCUUUGAGCGCCACGAGCUAGCUGCAGGGACUUCCGCUUCAGCUUCCCUGGCUGCUGGUUUGCCUCUUUUAGGGCCCACGGGGUCCCAGCCAGUCCUGAUGCUGUGCUCUUUUUGUCCGUUCUGUCUGCUUGAACCACUUGCCUCUUGGGCUCCCUCUUCCACCUCCAUUGGGGAAGUCAGGAAUCAAGGUCAAGGCUCUCAGAGAGGACUGCUUCCCAGCCUGAGAUGGGAGGGAGCCCUUCCUUCUGGCCCAGCUCCUGCGCAUGCACUGCGGGCACAGUCCUGGGCUGUGUGCUCUUCCGCUGGGAGGCUGCACCACGGCAUUUGCCUUGUUGCCAGUCUUUUUAUUGUCAUAAAUAAUGCCACAGUGAAAAUGCA